GACAGUCAGGUGGUCGGACCUUGAAGAUGAGUGCCUUAAUGAGAAAAUUUCCAGUGGAAUCUGGAAAUAGAAUACCUCCAGUGAAACUCCAAAUGAAAAGGACAAUUGACAAUGCUCCAGCUAGGGGAUCCUUAAAUAGUGAGGACUUCAUUAAUAUUUUCGAUGAAUGA